CCUCUACUGAUAGUACACUUGCCCUGAUUGACGUCGUUUUCCCGGCAAGGUGGUAAUCUUGAUCAUACAUUUACAGGAUUCGGUGGUCUAACUGUUCAGUGGCGAUCCGCGAUAAUUUAUCUUUGGGGAUUUUACGAUCGCAAUGGCUGCUUUGUACGCGUGCACAAAAUGUAACCAGAGGUUCCAGUUCGAAGCUUUGUCGCAGGGUCAACAACUAUGUAAGGAGUGCCGCAUCGCCCACCCCAUGGUGAAAUGCACGUACUGCCGAACGGAGUUCCAGCAGGAGAGCAAAACCAACACCAUCUGUAAGAAGUGUGCCCAGAACGUCAAACUGUAUGGGACGCCCAAACCCUGUCAGUACUGUAACAUCAUCGCUGCGUUCAUUGGGAAUAAGUGUCAGCGCUGCACAAACUCAGAGAAGCGCCACGGUCCUCCGCAGCCCUGCGAACAGUGCAAGCAGCAGUGUGCCUUCGACCGCAAGGACGACCGCAGGAAGGUGGAUGGUAAACUCCUGUGCUGGCUCUGUACUCUGUCCUAUAAGCGUGUACUACAGAAGACCCGUGAACAGCGCAAACAGCUGGGCUCCUCUUCACACUCCUCACUCUCUCAGAAGGAGCAGCUCACCCGGCUAAGCAGCAGUCACUACAACAGCCAGAAAACACUCUCUACUUCCUCACUGCAGAAUGAAAUCCCCAAGAAAAAGGCCAAGUUUGACAGCAUCUCCACCAAUGGGGACAGCUUCUCACCGGACCUGGCGCUGGACUCCCCGGGCACAGAUCACUUUGUCAUUAUCACUCAGCUGAAGGAGGAGGUGGCCUCACUGAAGAAGGUUCUGCACCAGAAGGACCAGCUCAUUCUGGACAAGGAGAAGAAGAUCACGGAGCUCAGAGCUGAGUUCCAGUACCAGGAGAGUCAGAUGAGGACCAAAAUGAACCAAAUGGAGAAAACUCAUAAAGACCUGGUGGAGCAACUGCAGGCACGCAACAGAGAGCUGAUGAAACAGGUGGCCGCACUUUCCAAGGGCAAGAAGCCAGCGAUGACCUCACCAUGAGCGCACGGGGGGGUGCGGUGUGAGGCUGACUCACCCGUGGUGUUCAGAUUAGUGUGACACCUGGUGGCCCCCACAUCAGAUCUCCUCCAUCCUGAGACAGGGUACCUGUGUAUCUACAGGCCAAAACACUCACAAUCACACACCAACAACCACAGUGCAUACCACUAUGAUACACUCCAUACCUAUAUUGCAGGACAUAUAUAGGUUUAACGAUACUACACUACACCUACAUACAGUGUACUUAUAGUUGUAUUAAUAGUACACCAACCAUUACACCUAGACCAAUAUUUUUAUAAUAAAAUAUUCCAUAGGAAGACUAAUACUGAUGGAUAAAGGGAGUAUUCUACAUUCAAAUAUUUUUAUUUAUAGGUAUGAAAUGACGAGAAGAACAUUUCUGUCCACGUUUAAGCAUGACUAAUACACAUUCUUUGUUGUUAUUUUUAUUGCAUUUUUUGAUGAUGAAGGUGAUGGGGACAACUUUAAAAAGUUUUAAAAGUUUUCUCUUUACUGUAAUGUUCUCUUUACUGUAAUUUCCCCUCUUUGGUAGAUGAAGAGGUCAAAACCUGUUGCACUAGCACCUCCAAAAAAAUCCAGGGUCCUCCUAACUUUCUUUUGCCAUGAAAUUGUACAUUGCACAGUGAAACCCUGACAUGGUACAAACAUGUCACAUGUUAAUAAUCACACAGAGACAGCAUACAGUGAGUUUCUGUCUGUCAAAAUGUGUGAGGAUUAAGCUUUUGGCAUUCUCAGAAAUGCAACUUUUCUGAGCUGUGUGUUCCACUGUUUCCAGCUUUCCUCUCCUAAAGUGUAGCGUAUGGCAUAGGCAGAUCUUCACUCAUCGGUUGGCUGAUACUGCCUGUAAUAUUUCUCCUGAUUGAGCAGAGGAACUGGCUCUGCAAUCAAUUGGUCCUGCCUUGUGCAAUAUUCUGAAUAAGCUAUGAUUCCGCAUUUGACAAUACCGGCAAUACCUCUCCAGUUAGGCUGCUGUUUCUUAAACUGCAUAGGUUCAUAAUAUAUUAUAAUAUUAGCCUACAUAAUUCCAUAAUUACAUAAUUACAUAAUUGAUUUAUUAAUCUCAGAUAGUCUAAGCAGCUACAUUUAGUGAGAGAUGCAUCUGCGCCUCAUGGAUAAUGUUUUGAUCAUAGGAUGAUAAUAUUUUAUUUAUAAGUAUUUAUUAUGUCUGUACUGAUAUGACUAAGCAGGUAAUAGGGAGCCGGGCAGUAUGCCCUCAUUGGCUUGGGAUUGAGUUCCUGCACUGAGUCAGCAUGUACUGCCACAGUCCGAAAUAAAAUGCUUUUCUCCAGGCUACAA